GCCGCCUGGAUCUGGGAAACAGAACAAAGAUGAGCCAGAAAGGAUCCUCCGGGUUGUUUCGAGCCGUCUCAGCUUUCGGUGUCGUAGCAGUCUUCUUUGCCUGAUUUUUUAUUGAUCACCAAGAUAUCAAUGGUAGAAAGCUUAUUUGAUCAACUGAUAGGUUUUGUCAGGUUCUUAGAAGGCUAUUAUAUUGUAUUAAUAACCAAGCGGAGGAAGAUGGCAGACAUUGGAGGGCAUGCGAUUUAUAAGAUUGAAGAUACAAGUAUGAUUUAUAUCCCCAAUGACUCUGUUCGGAUUACCCACCCCGAUGAAGCUAGGUAUCUAAGGAUAUUUCAAAAUGUGGAUUUAUCUAGCAAUUUUUACUUUAGUUACAGCUAUGAUUUGUCACACUCACUUCAGUAUAAUCUUACCGUCCUGCGAAUGCCCCUGGAGAUGUUAAAGUCAGAAACAUCCAAGGCGUGCCAGGAGAGCUUCGACAUCUUUGAAGAUGAAGGAUUAAUUACACAGGGUGGCAGUGGUGUAUUUGGGAUCUCUAGUGAGCCUUACAUGAAGUACGUAUGGAAUGGUGAACUUCUGGAUAUUAUUAAAAACACUGUGCAUCGUGACUGGCUAUUGUAUAUCAUUCAUGGGUUCUGCGGGCAGUCAAAGCUUUUGAUCUAUGGGCGACCAGUGUAUGUGACCCUAAUAGCCAGAAGAUCCAGUAGGUUUGCCGGGACACGCUUUCUCAAGAGAGGCGCAAACUGUGAGGGUGAUGUUGCAAAUGAGGUGGAGACUGAACAGAUCCUCUGGGAUGCUUCUGUGAUGUCCUUUACCGCAGGCAGUUACUCUUCUUACGUACAAGUUAGAGGAUCCGUUCCCUUAUUCUGGUCCCAAGACAUCUCAACUAUGAUGCCGAAACCACCCAUUACACUGGACCAGGCAGACCCCUUUGCACACGUGGCUGCUCUUCACUUUGACCAGAUGCUCCAGAGGUUCGGCUCCCCCAUCAUCAUCUUGAACUUAGUGAAGGAGAGGGAGAAGAGAAAGCAUGAAAGGAUUCUGAGUGAAGAGCUGGUGGCUGCAGUCACUUACCUGAACCAGUUCCUGCCGCCGGAGCACACCAUUGUCUACAUCCCCUGGGACAUGGCCAAGUACACCAAGAGUAAGCUGUGUAACGUUCUCGAUCGGCUCAACGUGAUUGCGGAAAGCGUGGUAAAGAAGACAGGAUUCUUUGUAAACCGCCCUGAUUCUUACUGCAGCAUUUUACGGCCAGAUGAAAAGUGGAAUGAACUAGGAGGUCAUGUGAUCCCCACUGGCCGGCUCCAGACCGGCAUCCUUCGAACCAACUGCGUGGACUGUUUGGACCGCACCAACACGGCGCAGUUCAUGGUGGGCAAGUGUGCCCUGGCUUACCAGCUGUAUUCCUUAGGGCUGAUCGACAAGCCUAACCUGCAGUUCGAUACGGACGCAGUGAGGUUGUUUGAGGAGCUCUAUGAAGACCAUGGAGACACCCUUUCCCUGCAGUAUGGAGGCUCUCAGCUGGUUCAUCGGGUGAAGACCUACAGAAAGAUAGCGCCGUGGACCCAGCACUCCAAGGACAUCAUGCAGACGCUGUCCCGGUACUACAGCAAUGCCUUCUCGGAUGCUGAUAGACAAGAUUCCAUCAACCUGUUUUUGGGUGUUUUCCACCCCACAGAAGGGAAACCUCAUCUCUGGGAACUCCCCACAGACUUUUACCUCCAUCACAAAAACACGAUGAGCCUUUUACCCCCCAGAAGGAGUUAUACUUACUGGUGGACGCCAGAGGUGGUGAAGCAUCUGCCGCUGCCUUAUGAUGAAGUUAUCUGUGCUGCAAACUUAAAGAAGUUGAUGGUGAAGAAAUUUCACAGAUGGGAAGAAGAGAUUGAUAUUCACAAUGAGUUCUUCCGGCCGUAUGAGCUGAGUAGUUUUGAUGACACCUUUUGCUUGGCCAUGACAAGUUCAGCACGUGAUUUUAUGCCUAAAACUGUUGGUAUUGAUCCAAGUCCAUUUACCGUGCGAAAACCAGAUGAAACUGGAAAAUCUGUACUGGGGAACAAAAACACCAGAGAGGAGGCUGUCCUCCAGCGGAAGACGGCAGCCAGCGCCCCGCCACCCCCGAGCGAGGAGGCCGUGUCCAGCAGCUCCGAGGAUGACUCUGGCACCGACCGGGAAGAUGAAGGCUCCAUCUCUCAGCGAUCCACUCCUGUAAAGAUGACGGAUACUGGAGACAGUGCCAAAGUGACUGAGACUGCGGUCCAGCCCAUGAAGGAAGUGUACGGAGUCAGUCUCUCCAGUAGCCUGUCGGAGGAGGAUCACUCCAUUUAUGCCAGGUUUGUUCAGCUGGGGCAAAGUCAGCAUAAACAGGACCGAGGUAGCCAGCAGCUGUGUUCCCGCUGCUCAGAUGGAGUUAUAAAACUAACUCCCAUCUCAGCUUUCUCGCAGGACAACAUUUAUGAAGUUCAGCCCCCAAGAGUCGACAGGAAGUCCACAGAGAUCUUCCAGGCCCAUAUCCAAGCUAGCCAAGGAGUCAUGCAGCCCCUUGGCAAGGAGGACACCGCCAUGUACCGCGAGUACGUCCGAAACCGCUACUUAUAGCGACGGUUGUCCUCUGUGAGAAGGAGUGCCCCAGAUCCUGAGAUGCAGCUCAUUGGUAAAGGACUCCGCAGUGCCCGUGUCACAGCCCCUGGUGACUCCGGUGACUCAGCUACAAGGAAUCCAGUGUGGUCUUCCAGAUUUUGUAGGCACCUAUACUCAAGUAGGUGCCUGUGUGUAUGCACACACGUGCACAGGCGUGCACACACACACAUGUAUGUGCACACACACACACAGUAGAAAUAAUAAAAGUAAAAUCUUUAAAAAUCAAUCCAUCCAAAUCGUGUACCUGAAACUUUCCACCUCUCUGUAACAUGCAAAUUACUAAUUGCAGGUGGUAAAGAAAUGGCUGCCUCUCUUGCUGGUUUUGCUUUUGACUUAUUUUAGGAAAAAUUCACAUUAUGAAACGUCCCGUGGAAUUUUGCUUUACGAAGUUAAUAGGCUUGUGUGAGCAUCCCCUAUGUAUCAGGAGUUAUGUCAACGUCUAGGGAUAGCCUGGUAACAAAAGAGCCCAGAGUGUCUCCUCUUGGAAGGAAUAAGCAAUGUACUUUUCUUUAUUCUUGCCAUUUUAAAUUUAUUCUGCUUGGUUUAUAUGUUAAUUUCUCAUUUUGAUGGAAAAAAAAAUACUUUCUUACUCAGAAAGCUGUGUCCUUAGGAAAUAUACUCUGAUGUGUCUAUGGAAAAAGAGACCAGAUCUCCACAAAGUAUCAUCCUAAACAGAGUUCAGGACAAGCAGCGUGCUACAGAGCAUGUAGAGAACACCAUUAAUAACUGACGAAUCUGAGGAGAGACAAACUUAUUUCCUCUAUUCUGAGAACUCUGUAACUGAAAAUUACAUAAAAAGAAAACAUUAAAACUAGCCAUCCGAGUGCCUGGAGAGGUGGGCCAUUGAUGGAGGCCAUAAGGCUCUUACAGAGAACCUCAGCUCAGUUCUAGGCGCCCGUUGGCAGCUCACAGCCAGCUGUAACUCCAGCUCUAAGAGACCUGACAGCUUCUGGACUCCGUCAGCACCUGCACAAACGCACCUCCACCCCACUCACACACAUCAUUUUAAAACAUAAUUAUUUAGUGGUUGUUCUAAACAACUUUGUGGUGCAGAGUUGUGUGACAUAUUUGACAUUUAGAACUCAGACAGGUGAUGGGCACAUCUGGUUAGUACUUUACAUAGUCAGACACUAAUAUGGCAACUGUGUGUUUCCACAAGGGUUUGAUGCCAUUUCAUAGGUCUCAGUUUCCAGAAAGCCCCUAUUCCCAUACGUAGCAGAGAAGAGAACUAAACCAUCUAGCCCAAGAAGGAGAGUGACAGCAAGUCUGGCACCCUGGGAUUCUUGGGUGGUCUCACAUGGCAGAUAAAUUUGAAGCCCCAUUUAGCAGACAUUUUUGAUUGACACCAUCAUGAAAUAAGAUUAGAGAAUGACAAAGGAAGAGGGAUUCUGUCUUGGUGCAGUUUGCAUCUCUGCCUAAUAGCUUGUUGUGCUGUGUGGGUUCCCUAGUGACUCUCCCCAAGUCACAGAAAAAUCUGGACUGCUGCUCGGCUACCAGUUAUAAAUCAGACAUGAAUCUUCAUUUCCUAGCAUUUAUUUGGCUGCUGGAGGUUCACCUAAUAAUGAUAAGGAGAAGCUUUAUCCUAAGUUCCCUAAAGAUCUA